CUGCCCGUGACGACGUCGGUCGUCGUCGCAACGGUCGGAAACGCGCCUAAUAAAAACCCAAAACUCCCUCGCCCACACCAUACGCGCUCUCGCUCUCACUCUCUUCUUCAUGCUCUUCGUCUGAAACUCCCUCUCCCUCUCUCUCUAAAAUUGAAGCGACUCUCAUGGCGGUCGAAGCUCGGCGCGCCGAUCCUUUUCCCGCUCGGAUGAUCGUGAACAGAUUCUUCGGGAAUUCCAUCGCGACGAGGAAGUACCGUUGCGCGAUCCGCUCCUACCCCACCCAUGCGGAGGACUUCAUCCCUCUGCCGUCGACGGAGACGGAGACGCCCGACCCGAUCUCGCGUCCGUCUCGCCGCCGCCUGAAACUUCGCGUCGUCCCGGAGUUCAGCACGGCGAAAUCGUCCGUGAAAUCCGACAGCGGAUCGACCAGCGACUACAACGCCGCCGUUUCUGUCCCCAGGAGCCACCACAAGCGGUCCAGAGACGACGCGAUCGGCGACGACCACUUGAACGGCGAUGGCUUCCCGGCGAGUCGCAAUCCUCCUCACAAGAUGAGCAAGGCGUCGCCGUUUCUGGGGCACGAGGUGGGGUUCGAGAUCCAAGGUCGCGAAUCGGAGAUCGACUGUUUGAUUUCGCAACAUACACAGGCGUUCGCGAGAAAACUGAAGAAGAAAGACAGAGAAAUCCAGAGAAUCGGGAAGUUGAACGGUCUGCUCCAAGAGAAACUGAAGAUCCUGGCGAUGGAGAGCCAGAUGUGGCGGGGCCUCGCACAGGACAACGAGUUCGAAGCCGACUCCCUCCGCUCCACCCUCCAGCGCGUCCUCUCCCGCGGCGGCGGCGGCGGUCGACGACGCGACGACGCGGAGUCCUGCUGCGGGAGCAACGGUCCCCGGGACGGCGGCCGCGGAAGGCGGCGACGCGGAGGCGGAAUCGACGAGACGGCAGCCGCGACGACGAUGCGGGCGGUGCGGGAAGUGGGAGGUGGGGGCGGUGCUGCUGCCGCGCAGCACCUGUGCCUGCGCACGGCGGCGCGCGGGCCCGGCCACCGCGACUGA